AUGGCCGAAUACGACGAAGCAUAUGAAGAUGAGUUUUACGAUGAUGCGGAUGAAGGAAUCACCUCGGAAGAUUGUUGGACUGUGAUCUCUUCGUUCUUCGACACGAAGGGCCUUGUGUCCCAACAGCUUGAUUCCUUCGAUGAAUUCAUUUCAUCGACCAUGCAGGAACUUGUGGAGGAACAAGGACAGGUCGUUGUCGACCAGAGCGUUCUCCCCGACGAAGACGAAGUGGACCCGAUCGUUGUCCGCCGUUACGAUUACAAAUUUGGAACUGUCAUGCUGUCGCGACCGUCUGUCCAGGAAGGUGAUGGCGCGACAACGAUCAUGUUGCCCCAGGAAGCACGUCUGCGAAAUCUCACCUAUGCCAGUCCUCUGUACCUCGAAAUCACAGAGAAGCUCACCCAUGGACGAGAGCGCCUGAUUGCUGACCGCGAUGAUGAGGAUGGAGAAGGAGAUGAAGAGGAGCGCAAAGCCAGGGGCACAUAUCUUGAUUGGGAAUUAACUAAACCUGUCAAGACGGAGACAGAAUUUCUGGGUAGAAUGCCGAUUAUGCUCAAGUCGAAGUACUGCAUUCUGAAGGAUCUGAAUGAACAGUCUCUCUACGCCUGGAACGAGUGCCCUUAUGAUUCGGGUGGUUAUUUUAUUAUAAACGGAAGUGAAAAGGUCCUGAUUGCUCAGGAGCGUAGCGCCGGAAACAUCGUUCAGGUUUUCAAGAAGGCACCUCCGAGUCCCACACCUUAUGUGGCCGAAAUCCGCAGUGCUGUGGAAAAGGGAUCUCGACUGCUAUCUCAGCUCGCGUUGAAGCUCUUCGCCAAGGGUGACAGCGCCAAGGGUGGUUUUGGUCCCACCAUUCGGUCAACUCUGCCAUAUGUCAAGGCAGACAUUCCGAUUGUCGUUGUAUUCCGUGCCCUUGGUGUCGUCUCUGACGAAGAUAUCCUGAAUCACAUCUGUUAUGAUCGCAAUGAUACCCCGAUGUUGGAGAUGCUGAAGCCGUGUAUUGAGGAGGGUUUCGUCAUCCAAGACCGCGAAGUUGCUCUCGAUUUCAUCGCCAAGCGUGGCUCGUCGCAAUCAAACCUGAACCACGAGCGACGUGUCCGCUAUGCUAGAGAAAUCAUGCAAAAGGAGCUGCUGCCUCAUAUUUCACAGAGCGAAGGUAGUGAAACUCGAAAGGCAUUCUUCCUGGGUUACAUGGUGCACCGCUUACUACAGUGUGCCCUUGGUCGCCGGGACGUCGACGAUCGUGAUCAUUUCGGUAAGAAGCGUCUGGACUUGGCUGGUCCACUUCUGGCCAACCUUUUUCGUGUCCUUUUCACACGUGUUACACGUGAUCUACAACGCUACGUGCAGCGUUGUGUUGAGACCAGCAAAGACGUUCAGCUCAACGUAGGCCUGAAGAAUAGUACUGUCAGCGGUGGAUUGAAGUACGCCCUGGCGACGGGUAACUGGGGUGAACAGAAGAAGGCGGCAAGCGCCAAGGCUGGUGUGUCCCAGGUGCUGAGUCGCUACACUUAUGCCUCGACAUUAUCCCAUCUGCGGCGAACGAACACACCAAUUGGACGAGAUGGAAAGAUUGCCAAACCUCGUCAGCUGCACAACACCCAUUGGGGCCUGGUGUGCCCAGCUGAAACACCUGAAGGUCAAGCUUGUGGUCUUGUCAAGAACCUGGCACUUAUGUGCUACAUCUCCGUUGGAACACCCAGUGAGCCGAUCAUUGAUUUCAUGAUCCAGCGAAACAUGGAAGUUCUGGAAGAAUUUGAGCCUCAGGUUACUCCAAAUGCCACAAAGGUGUUUGUCAAUGGUGUCUGGGUUGGUAUUCAUCGCGACCCUUCGCACUUGGUAAAUACUAUGCAAAAUCUUCGUCGACGAAACUUGAUCUCCAACGAAGUGAGCUUGAUUCGUGAUAUUCGCGAUCGAGAGUUCAAAAUUUUCACAGAUGCUGGACGUGUCUGCCGACCGCUCUUCGUUGUUGACAAUGACCCGAAGAGCGAAAAUUCUGGAUCUUUGGUCCUUAAUAAGGAGCACAUUCACAAAUUGGAGCAAGACAAGGAUAUUCCACCAGACCUAGAUCCGGAAGAACGCCGGGAGCGUUAUUUCGGUUGGGAAGGGUUGGUAAGAUCCGGAGCUGUCGAAAUCGUGGACGCCGAGGAGGAGGAAACCAUUAUGAUUGUGAUGACGCCCGAGGACCUGGAGAUUUCGAAACAAUUGCAGGCUGGUUAUUCUCUUCCAGAAGACACAGACGAUCCCAACAAGCGUGUUCGCUCAAUUCUUAGCCAGCGUGCCCACACUUGGACCCAUUGCGAGAUUCAUCCAAGUAUGAUCCUCGGUGUUUGCGCUAGUAUCAUUCCGUUCCCAGAUCACAACCAGUCACCUCGUAACACUUAUCAAUCCGCCAUGGGUAAACAAGCCAUGGGUGUUUUCCUGACGAACUUUUCUCAGCGCAUGGAGACCAUGGCGAAUAUUCUCUACUACCCCCAGAAGCCCCUUGCCACCACCCGAUCCAUGGAGUUCUUGCGUUUCCGCGAGUUGCCUGCUGGUCAGAAUGCUAUUGUUGCCAUUGCUUGUUACUCUGGAUACAACCAAGAAGAUUCCGUCGUCAUGAACCAAAGCAGUAUUGACCGUGGUCUUUUCCGCAGUCUGUUCUACCGUACAUACACAGAUGCGGAGAAGAAGAUCGGUCUUAACACUGUGGAGACGUUCGAGAAACCUUCAAGGCAGGUAACUGUUGGUAUGCGCAAGGGUACAUAUGAUAAACUUGAUGAUGAUGGUAUCAUUGCCCCUGGUGUUCGCGUUUCUGGAGAAGAUAUCAUCAUUGGCAAAACGGCACCACUGGCCCCAGAUUCCCAGGAACUUGGUCAACGUACCUCUCAACACACCAAGAUCGAUACAUCGACGCCAUUGCGUAGUACAGAGAACGGUAUUGUGGACCAGGUCAUUGUGACAUCCGGUAAUGAUGGCCUCACCUUUACUAAGGUCCGCAUGCGUACUACUAAAGUCCCCCAGAUUGGUGACAAGUUCGCUUCUCGUCACGGUCAAAAGGGUACUAUUGGUAUCACCUAUCGACAAGAAGAUAUGCCUUUCACUCGUGAAGGUGUUGUGCCCGAUCUGAUCAUUAACCCACACGCCAUUCCUUCUCGUAUGACUAUUGCUCACUUGAUUGAGUGUCAACUGAGUAAGGUCUCGGCUCUGCGUGGUUUCGAAGGUGACGCCACUCCCUUCACUGACGUGACAGUCGACUCGGUGUCUCGUCUGCUCCGAGAACACGGUUAUCAAUCUCGUGGAUUUGAAGUGAUGUAUAACGGGCAUACCGGUCGUAAGCUUGUUGCCCAGGUGUUCUUGGGUCCAACAUACUACCAACGUCUGCGCCACAUGGUCGACGAUAAGAUUCACGCUCGUGCUCGUGGUCCCACUCAGAUCUUGACCCGUCAACCUGUUGAGGGUCGUGCACGUGACGGUGGUCUCCGUUUCGGAGAGAUGGAACGUGAUUGUAUGAUCGCCCACGGUGCCAGUGCCUUCUUGAAGGAGCGUCUCUUCGAUGUUUCUGAUCCAUUCCGAGUUCACAUCUGUGACGACUGCGGACUGAUGUCCCCAAUUGCUAAACUCAAGAAGGGUCUUUACGAGUGCCGUCUGUGCAACAACAAGCACCGCAUCUCGCAAGUCCACAUCCCCUAUGCCGCCAAACUUCUUUUCCAAGAGUUAGCCUCGAUGAACAUUGCUGCUCGCAUGUUUACCGACCGGUCUGGAGUGUCGGUGCGAUAA